AUGACUACCACAGUCUUUGUUAAUGGCCGCAUCUUCUGUCCUGACUUGGGGGAUCCUUUCGUCUCUGCCCUGGUGAUCAAGGGCGACAGAAUCGUGUACACCGGCUCAGAAAAUGAUCCCACAGUAGUCCAAGCUAGAACAGAAGGGCCAACUGUGGAUUUGAUAAAUCGUGUCGUUCUCCCCGGCUUUAUUGACGGCCAUGUGCACAUCCUGAACUUCGGUUUGUCGCUACAAAAGCUUGAUCUGCUCCCAUGCAAAUCACUUUCCGAUAUUCGGAAGAUGAUCACUGCUUAUGCGGCUACAUACCCAUCCGAACCCCGCAUCCUGUGCCGAGGAUGGAUGCAAUCAGUCACGGAUGGAAAGGCUCUCGCCACAGCUUUAGAUGAUCUAGACCCACGGCCUAUAUACAUCGAAGCAUUGGAUCUUCAUUCCACUUGGUGCAACAAUGCGGCUCUCGCAGAGCUGGAGGUUCACUCAAUGUCAGAUCCUCCUGGGGGUAAGAUUCAUCGCUGUGAAGAUGGCACCGCAUCUGGCUUGCUCGAUGAAGCAGCCCAGCUCAACAUCGUUUGGCCUUUUCUCAAUAGCGUGACAUCUUCAGAGAAGAGGACAAGAGCGAUCGAGGCUGCCUUUACCGCACACAGGUCUGCUGGGUAUACUGGUCUUGUUGAUAUGGCUAUGAGCGAGGAGGACUGGGAUGUGCUGAAUAUCUACCGCAAAGAGUGUGGUGGGCUCCCACUGCACAUUUCUGCACACUGGCUAGUGCGUUACUCGAAGGAUAAUACAGAAAUCGACUGCCAAAUCGACCGCGCAAUCGCGCUCCAUCAAACUUUCAACCGCACCGCAUCCCCAGAAUUUUGCAUCAACGGCAUCAAGCUACUUUGCGACGGGACAGUUGAUGGCUGCACAGCUGCAUUACACCAGCCUUAUGGCGAUCUUUCCACUCUUGUUGAUCCGAUAUGGCCCGUCGAGCCUUUUGCAGCAGCCAUACACCGUGCGGCUAAGGCUGGCUUACAGUGUGCAAUUCAUGCUAUUGGGGACCGAGCAGUUCAACAGACCAUCGAUUGUUUAUCCCAGGUUCCAAAUCUUCCCAGCUGCCGUCAUCGUAUCGAGCAUCUAGAACUCACAACGCCCGAAGAUGCAAAAAGACUUGGUCAUCUGGGGAUAGUCGCCUCAGUUCAGCCGGUUCAUUUAGAUCCUGCGACAUUCGGGGGAUGGCCAGAGAUGCUCGGCUCACAGCGAUGCAAACGAGCCUUCGCGUAUCGAGAGUUCGUGGAUGGCGGUGCCACCUUGGCUUUCGGGACAGAUGCUCCCACGGCGGACCACCUCGCAUUGCCAAAUCUGUAUAUAGCUACAACUCGCCGUUCAGCGCUCGAUCCCUCAAUUAACGACACCAUCAACCCAGAACACGCGGUCUCUCUUGCUACUGCAGUUGCGGCGGCUACUACUGGGGCUGCUUAUGCGUCUUUCGCCGAUGACUGGACAGGAAGCCUACGUCCAGGCCUCAACGCCGAUUUUGUGGUCGUAGACAUGGAAUGGGCCGCAGAAGCACUUCUCAAGGCUCGAGUAUGUGAAACUUGGUACAGGGGAAAGCGGACUUAUAACGCAAACACGGGUAAUUAUUGA